GGCGGCGCGGUCAGCUGAGGCGGUGCCCAAGAUGGCGGCGGUGAGAGCUGGUGUUGCCGGGGCGGUGCAGUAGAGCCCAGCGCCGCCAGGGUGGCCGCGUCCUGCCCCGCCAGGUCACCUGCUCGUCCUGGGAAGAUGCAUUCUUUUGGAAACGAAGAAGCGGUCUCUCAGGAGCGGCUCUUUGGGUUUUUCUGUGAGUGCGUACAACACGGAGACUGGGAGCUUGCGCAGGCCUGUGUGCCCCAGCUGAGCCAGUGGCACGGGGAUGGCUCUGAGAAGGUGGAAGCAAUUCUUCAGGCUCUGGUAGCUUGUCCCGUGGGGGUAAGAUGUGGACAGAAUUCUAGCCCGUGGAGAAUUGCAUGGCUUUGGCUUCUUGUGCUGGAAAAAUGGCUUGCCAGGAGUCAGAAAACUGUUCCAGUUGUUCUUCAGAGAGAAACUGAAUUUUUAUUGUUCUUGGAAGAACUGCAGAAAGAUGUCUCUGAGGAAGUCCUAAAGGAGCUGUUUGAAGCAUUUGAGUGCACCCAGAACAAGCACAUCACAGACAGGAAAAGAAGAGAUGGCUGUUCUUACAGAUUCAGUUUGGAUGUUGUUUCAGCCCUCCGGAAGCUUUUGCUGCGGGCUCCCCAGAGGGCAAAAGCCCUGCUGGAGUUCUUCCAGGAGGAACAAGGCACGCACAGCUCCUCGCUCCAGCAAGAUUUCUCUCUACAAAACAUCUUUGCUGAAUUUCUUCGUGACUCCUUGAAAUCUCUGCAGGGGCUUCAGUGCAGUUCUGAGAUUCCAGCAGAACUGGAUCAAAGAGAACUAGUAGAUACCAUUUAUGCUGCUCUUAGUAUAGUGACUUUUGACGUGGAGCAUCAGGCAGAUGAAGUACGUCACCUAUUCAGGGAGCUCUUGGAUGUAUGCUGGGCUGAGGGUAGCCCACUGAGGGAGGAGAAGCUACUAAGCUGUAUGCUGAGGAAACAGAACCAUGGCCUGUUAAGUCUGUAUAGCAGUGUUUUCAUAGAAAGAACAAGAGAAAAACUUCUCAUGUCAAAAUCAAUAGGAAAAGGUUCAUCUGAGCAGCUGGAUAUAGAGCGAACCAUGAUGAGUUUGUUCGCACAUCCCAAAGAGGUUGCUUCUUGGAAGACAGCCUAUUUCUACUGCUUGAGCAGCAGCAAGCACUUUCUGGAACAGAUUCUGAUAACUGCGUUAACUUUAAUGAAAAGAGAGGACUACUCAGGCCUGAACAACUUAUUGAGGAGAGAAUUCAACCCUCUUAGCCGCCUCUUGGUAUUGCUAGGAUGGACUCAUUGUCAAAGCUUGGAAUCGGCAAAAGCAUUGCUGUGGACUCUUCACAAAACUCAGGAUAUGUGCAAUGAUUCAGUACUGAAAGAUUUCUGUGAUGGGCUGUGGGCUCAGGUGGAGGUUCUUGAAUGGUGCAUACAGCAAAACAGUAUUACUAUCCCAAGGAAGGUUCUUUUGCAACACUUGCACAGUCUAGAUUGCCACACUGCAGUGUACUCUCUUCAUCAUCUCACUAAUCUUCUGGCACUGAAUGAAGACGAUGUUAUUGAGCUUCUUCAAAAAGUUCCUGCUAGAGACCAGCAGAUGCAGGUGGUCACGCUCCCUAACGCCCUGAGUCAGCAACGCAAUCUGGCACUCUUUCGAGCAUUUUGUGCCAUGAAGUAUGCUAUCUAUGCUCUUUGCGUGAAUUCACAUAAGCAUUCCAAGUGCAAAGAUUGCAUACGCAGCCUUCUUGGUGAUAUCCCUGAAGACACGACUUUUGGAGAACCAGCAGAUUGCUCUUCAAUAUUUCCUCAGUACCUUGUGAAGUGUCAGCAGUUCUUAAGGAGUGUUCCUGCUCCUCUGCGCCUGGAGGUUUUGGAGAACAUCUUCUCCUUGCUUUUUGUUUCCUACAGUGACCUCCAUACUGAGACUGUUCUACCUGAGGACUAUGCAGAGGAUGAUGAUCUUGACAAAAAGAGUGCUACUGUGAGUGUAGAAGGCAGUGCUAGUCGGCAGUCUUCCACUUCAGAAAGUCCACAGCACCUAAUCGAGGCUGAAAAGAAGUUAGGGAGGCAUCUGCUGGCUGCUCAGACAGUUCACACACAUACCCAAGAUCUUCAUGACUCAAUAUUAGGUGGCAAAAGCUGUGAAACCUCUAGGCUGAGCUACCUGGAUCUGAAACACUUUGCCAGUGGUGUUACUGGAUUUUUAGUGGAUGAUGUGGCCAUGGAUGCCUUCCUCACAUUGCUUCUCAGCCAUCUGGAAGAAAUUCAGGCUUCUCUCCCAUGGGACUCCGGUAACGUGCUUCGUGAAGAGCUGGAGCUUGUUGAGUGCUUGAAUCUUUCCACAAGCAGAGAUGCUUUUGGAAGUCGUGUGUCACAGUUUUCCAAAUACCUUUCUGAAGCUCACUGGCGAUACAGGGUGGUGAUGAGUAACAGAAAUGCAGAACAUCAGCUUGCAGUUUCCAGGAGAUACUGCUCUUUAAUCAGGUGCUCCAGCUUUAAGAAACGAAGUAGAUCUCAAAGGUACAAGACAGAUGGGAAAGAUGGAACUUCCAGUCCAUCGUUAGAAAGUACAAGCAGUGAGCUGAGCACCAGUACCUCAGAGGGAAGUACCAGUAAUGUGUCUGGCUCAAGUGAUUUGGAAAGCAGGGUGAGACCACAGCAGCAAAACCCCCUCAUUCCUAUGAUGCUUUCCCCACCAGAAUCACUGUUAGUUUCUUGCGUUUUGAGAGGAAACUUCAUAGAAGCCCAUCAGGUGGCUUUGAUGUUUAAUCUGGAUACUUCACCUUGCUAUGGCGAAUUGGUUUUCAUGGAGCGCUACCAGGAGGCCGUACAAGAAAUGGCAAGAGUGGAGCACAAUAUUGAGAAUCAAGCAUCAGAUGGCACUGGAGGCAUCAGGAAAUCUGGCAGUGGCCGUUCCACACUUCAAGCUAUUGGGAAUGCAGCAGCAGCUGGCAUGGUGUUUUAUUCCAUCUCGGAUGUUACUGAUAAACUGCUCGCAACUUCUGGAAGUCUUGCCCCUACUCUCCAAGAAAACUUCUGGAUCAGCAACACCCAGCUGGACCAUACCGAUCCUCUGCGGGAAGUCCUUGAGGACCUCAGUCCUUCAGCAAUGGCGGCAUUUGACCUAGCUUGUACUCAGUGCCGUCUUUGGAAGACAUGCAAACAGCUUUUGGAAACAGCAGAAAGAAGACUGUACAACAGCCUUGAAACUCGGGGCCACCGACCUGACUUUAUUUUACUGCACUCUGAAGGUGUAAAGGGUUUCCCGGCAGUUCUCCAGCAAAUAAGUAAAAUUCUCAACUAUUCCUGCACGUCACAAGGCCAAUCCAAGCCAGAGGUCUCAGAUGAGAAAAUAGGGAGUCAUUUUCGAUGCAGUAUUGUAGACCACCUGCAAGCUUGCUACCCUGCCUUGACUGAAGAAAGUAUUACUAAUGAAAUUGUUUUAUCACAAAAUCUGGAUCAAAUCCUAAAAGCACUGACGCAUGUUGAACGUUCUGUGGACUCUAAAGGGAGCCUGCUUGGCACCUUGGUGGAGCAGGCCUCUCUCAAACCUGCGGAGCUGGAGAAGCACCUGGUUUGGAAUCAAACACAGCUCCUGCUGAGAACUCUUGACCAACAUGUCCAAACUGUUCCAGAGAGCAAUGUGCAGUCAAACUUCGUGAAGGCCUUUUUUGACUACAUCACUACACUGGCUGCUGUUGUGUUACGAAGUCUGAAUGCAGAGCUGGAUAUAUCUACAGAAGUGAAAGUGGGGAACCCUUUCAUACUGUUACAGCAGAGUCCAUCUCAGCUGCUUUCCCAGCUUGUGUUUGAGAGACAGGUUCAUCCUGACAGGCUUUCUUCUCUCUUGGCUAAAGAAGAAUUGAACUUGAAUGUGCAGCAAGUUAUUGUUAACUGUUGCUGUGAACCACUGUCCUUGUGCAGUGCAAGGCAGAACAGCCAGGCAAAGUAUCUUCUGACAAACAUCAGCAACUUAGCACAGCAGUGUGCCUACCACUGCCUGCCAGAUGUUGAAAUACCUUUUCACAAUUCUGCAAUGACCUCUGAGGAUAUCUCUACUCAGGUGCCAUCCUCUGUGAAUGACUUGAGCCAGCACACACUCACUGCUUCCUCCCUGGACUUCCUAAAGUCUCAGUCGAAGCUAAUGGCCACAGUGGCAUGUCUAAGUGCAUCUAAUAUACAGAAAAUUCCCAAAUCAAGUUUAUCUUGGAUGGAAUUUCGGGGCAAACGGGAGGUUCCCUUAGGUGUGGAACAGAUUUCCAGGGAGUGUGAAGCAUUGUUGAAGGAGUUCCCAAUAUUGGAACGAUUUCUUCUUGCUAUGUUUGAGCCACUUCAGAAUCAGCAAGAGGAAGGUGGUAGUUUGGCUACUGUCUUCUCUGGCAAGAUGUACAUGUCUCUGGUUCUCCUAGGAUUGCAUUCCACCACAGCUGUUAAGGUAUUAAUGGGAGUCUUUGAGCAAGCUCUUGCUGCAAAGGAUUGGGACAGAGCUCUGAAGGUCUUGGAUCUGUACAGUCAGGAUGUGGAGGAGCUGGUCAAUGUGAAGGAUGCUGUGCUGAGCUGUGCAACUGCUGAAGAUAAAGAUGGUUGGCAAUACUUGUUCCCAGUAAAAAAUGCAACACUGAGAAGUAGGCUGGCCCUGCACUAUCUGGACAGAUGGCCCCUUGAUGCCAGUUUGGAAAUCCUAGCUUAUUGCAUUUCUGAUUUGGGCAUAACUGAUGAACUAAAAGCCAGUCUGCAGAGCAGGAAGAAAGAACUUCAGAUUUAUCAAAAGAUUUUGAAUGUGCAAAAUGAACCAUUGUGGAAUGACUGGCAGGAUCUGAAAAAAGCCUGCACUGAUGACCCCCAGGCUGUCAUGAAUAUCAUUCUGAAAGCAAAGGAUUAUGAGUUGUGUGAGGAAUGGGGGCGUUUGUAUCCUGUCCCAAGAGAAGACUUGAUCAACCUUCACCGUGAGCACCUUCUCUACUUACUGGAGAUGGGAGACAUGGAAAAAGCAUUGCAGCUUUUACAGAGAAUUGAAGACCCUGGUAUUUGCCUUGCCAUCAGUGAACAGUCCCUUGAUCAGCAUCCGAACUUGGCAGCCUCUCACUUCUUGGCUGAUUACCUCACAGCUCACUUCUACGUGAAUCUGACAACAGCACGCCGUAAUGAAAUCCAGGCACUCUAUAUGGGAUCAAAGGUGCUGCUGACUCUGCCUGAGCUCUCCCGUGUUAACUACUUCCACCUCUCCUCCAGGCCACUGCUCAUGCUGGAACAGCUCCUCAUGAAUAUGAAGGUGGACUGGGUAGCUGUUGCUGUGCAGACACUACACCAACUCUUAGCUGGACAGGAAAUCGGUUUUACAGUAGAUGACAUUGACAAUUUGCUCUCCAAGUAUGCAGAAAAAGCUCUCAACUUCCCUUUCGCAUUAAAAGAAAAGAGAUCAGAUUCUCUGAUACGUGUCCAAGAAAGUCUCAAUCAGGUGUUGGAGUGUGAAGCACUGUCUAAAUCAGCCUCAUCGGAACUAUCUCCUGUCAGCUUUACUGGUGUCACCGUAUCUGCAAGUCCUAGAGACAGAAGUCUGCAGCAGAAUUUGUUUCCUCAAGAAUUUGUGCCUCCUGAGAAGCCGCCACCAAAGCAGCAAUGGAUCCCUGAUGACACUGAAACAAUAUGUAUGGUUUGCAAAACUGAACGCUUUACUAUGUUUAACAGGCGCCAUCACUGCAGGCGCUGUGGCAGGCUGGUGUGCAGCUCUUGCUCCACCAAGAAAAUGGCAGUAGAAGCUUGCAGAGAAAAUCUCUCUCGUGUAUGCGAUCAAUGCUAUAGCUACUACAACAGAGAACAUCAGCCUGGCUUGGUACAAGACAUAAGCACCAGAAAAGAAGAUCAGGACCAAGUGGAAGAAACUUCUAAUAAUGAAUAUUCCACAGUGGUGCAAAUACCCAAGGCGACUGAGCUUGAAUGGAUUUUUUCCCUGAAUGAAGAGGAGAAUGAAAUUGUACGCAGUGAAUUUUACUAUGAACAGGCUCCCAGCUCUUCCUUGUGUAUUGCCAUCCUUAGCCUGCACAGUGACAGCAUAGUGUGUGGCCACCAACUGAUAGAGCACUGCUGCAAAUUGUCCCAAGGGCUUACUAAUCCUGAGGUGGAUGCUGGUCUCCUUAUGGACAUCAUGAAACAAUUGCUCUUCAGUGCCAAAAUGAUGUUUGUAAAAGCUGGAAGGAGCCAGGAUCUAGCUCUCUGUGACAGCUACAUCAGCAAAGUGGAUGUGUUGAAUAUUUUGGUUACUGCUGCCUACCGUCCAGUACCAUCUUUGGAUCAGAUUCUUCUCCCUGCAGCAGUAACGAGAUUAAGAAAUCGGCUUCUGGAAGCAGAGUACUAUCAACUAGCUAUAGAGGUUUCUACAAAAUCUGGGUUGGAUCCAGGUGGAGCAUGGCAUGCCUGGGGCAUGGCAUGCCUUAAAGCUGGAAAUUUAAGUUCAGCAAGAGAGAAGUUUAACCGAUGUUUAAAGCCACCUAUGGAUCUAAACCAGCUGAACCAUGGUUCAAGGCUAGUCCAGGAUGUGAUACAGUACCUGGAGUCCACAGUGAAGCCCAUACUCAUUGCGGAUGACGAUUACUUUGCAACGUUGAGGGAACUUGAAGCAACACUGAGAACGAGAAGUCUGUCUCUGGAGAUGAUGUGUGAGGGGAAGAUUCAACACAACAGCUACUAUCAAGAAUGCUUGUUCUAUUUACAUAGUUAUGGCACUAAUCUGGCUAUAAUAAGCUUUUACAUGAGGCACGACUGUAUGAGAGAAGCACUGCUUCACUUGUUAAAUAAGGAAUCCCCAUCAGAAGUGUUCAUUGAAGGCAUCUUCAUUCCAAGUUAUGAAAGUGGAAAACUGCAUAUGUUGGAGAACUUGCUGGAAACCAUUGAUCCAGGAUUGGAGAGCUGGGGAGUCUACUUGAUUGCAGCCUGCAAAUACUUGCAGAGAAAGAACUACUACCAUAUUUUGUAUGAGCUGCAACAGUUUAUGAAGGAUCAUGUUCGUGCUGCCAUGACCUGCAUUAGAUUUUUCACUCAUGGAGCAAAGUCUUACACUGAACUGGGAGGCAAACAGACAUGGCUUCUAAAGAUCAAGGACCAUCUCAAAGUCUAUCUGCAAGAGGUCUCAAGAAGUUCAGGAAGGAAAAAAAUGGCAUUCACUUUUCGGAAGAAAAUGUCUGCUACAGAUGUGUCGAGGCACAUCAAUACAGUUGAUCUGCAGAUGGAAGUAACAAAAUUCCUGCAUCGAUGUGAGAGCUCAGGAACAUCUCAAAUGACAGGUUCCUCCUUGCCCACACUCUUUGGAAACAACAACAUGAAAAUGGAUGUUGCUUGCAAGGUCAUGUUGGAAGGCAAAAACAUUGAGGAGGGGUUUGGGAUUGCAUUUAGAGUCCUUCAGGACUUCCAGCUGGAGGCUACAGAAGUGUACAGCAAAGUGGCCAAGCAGCUGGUGAAGCAGCAGAAGUACAGUGAGAUCCGGCAGCUCCUCAAGUGUGUCAAUGAGUCUGGAGUUGCAGCAAAAAACGAUGGGGAUAACAUUAUCCUAAACUGUCUAAAUGAGUUCAAGAACAUUCCUGCUGAGGAUCUCGACAAUCUGAUUCAGGAUAUGGACAGUGAUGAAAACAAGAUCCAGGCCUAUGUGAUGUGCAACAAGUUGCGUUCUGCCUAUCUGGUCUCGGUGAGGCAGGAGAAGACCAGAGCAGUGCAGCUAGUCCAGCAUGUGCGACAGCUGGCUGAGAACAGCGGCGAUGAUGUUGUGAAGGCCAUCUGUGCCCAAUGGCUCUCGGUGCACCAGCCCAAAAUGAGAAAUCGGCUGCCCCAGGGUGCUAGGAAGUAGUAAGUAAUUGACGUUCACCAUCAUACGGAAGGGGAAGGCUUCAUGACAGCUUAAAGGCGUGUGGUUCAGCAAUCUCUUGGUGAAAUGGAAGUCUCUUGACUGAUGUUGAUGGCAAAUGGAUGCUGCUAAUGUCCCUCUGGUGAAAGGAAGGGAACUAAAUUACAAGUGCCAGACUUGUAUUUUGACAAACAGUCACUACCUCAGGGUGUUUUUUGGCUAUCUUUUUGAUGGGGGGGGAGGGGGGUAGUUUCAAACUGAACAAGCAAGAAUUUAAGUGUAUGGAAGAGAGCACUUCUAUUUCUAGUUUGGGGGGUUUUUUGGUUGAUUUUUUUUUUUUAAGGCACUGAACUUUAUUGUAUGGGGUUUUUUUAUUUUUAAUCCAGAAAACCUAUAUAGAGAGGACAGAAAAUUCUUAUCAACUCAAUGUAGCCUAAACUUUUUGUAAUUAUGGGUUUCCUGUAAACUUUGUCAAGAUUGGAGAGACCUUCUUUGUAAAAGACUGAAAGAGAUUUUUUUUAAGCCUCUAUACAAACCAUUGCUACUCUUCUUUUUUUUUUUUUCCCCCCCACUAGUACAAUGUGCCCAAUUUGUUUAGUUUGUUUGAAAAGGUAGGAACUGAUUCUUCAUGGCAGAUUUCUACUUAGCAGUCAUACUGUCUGACAUGUGCCAUACAUAUGGCACUCGAGCCCUUACUAGAUGGACAGAGUUACAAAGGGCAUAUCCUAUAAGGGGAGUACAAAGGAAAAGUAAUCCUUUAAAAUAGUUUCAAAAUCACAUAGUUCUUUCUUUGCUAUGGUAAUAUGCAAUUAGUUGUUGCAAUGCAGCUUUAUCACUGAACAGUUGCCAGUAAACUUCCACAGUUUUUUGUCAGGUAGAGCAGAAAAUAUGGAUCGAGCAAGCUGUGGUAAAAUUCAACAGGGGGUCUGUAUCCCUGUCACACAGGGAUUUGUUUCUUACCAGAAUAAUCUGCCCCUGUCAGGUACAAUAGAACUCCAGACUAAUUUUUUUAUUAACUGGACAUACCGUAUAGACUCUAUUGACAGGCUUUGCUCUAGAAGCAUUAGGUUUUUAUGAAAAAGCAGGAAUCUUUGUGUAAUGGCUGUGUUCAGGGAUGCUGCAAAAAGCAGCUGUUUCUCUGCAGCCAUGACUGGGAUAUGAGAAAUGGGCAGAAGAAAGGUAGACAGUAGUAGGACCUUCAAAAAGAAACAGAACAAAACGUGGCACUCCACAAGAAUUUGUGUUUGCCAUUUACAUGUAUUUCAGCACAAGAGGUAGGAAAACUAGUUCACUCUUUUUGUUUAAAAAGCUUAGUUGUUCAAAAGAAACAACAGGUUUUCUGAAGUGUAAUAUAACUGUAAAUAGUUUAGUACAUAAAAUAAUUGAGACUGUCAAAUAAGAGUGUUGCACCAGCCCCAAGCUCACUGUAAUGACAGAACAGACUUCUAUGGUCUUGGAAAGGACUUGGUCCAUCUCCAUUAGUGUUUCAUGAGCAGUGUCCCACUGACAUAAACACCUCUCUUGGAGGUGCUCCGCUCACUAGAGCAGGGCUAGAAAUGUCUCAGAGCAAAGCAGUCAGAAAUGACCACAUCUAGCUUUCAGAAUCUCCUGACCACAGAUUUGCAUUAUCUCAUUAGUGAGCAGUACUAAUGAAAGCUGCUUUUGUUUUCCUUGCCAGACUGACCUAGCUUUCCAUCAGAGUACAGCUGCUAGGCUAAUCCUAAAACGUGACACUAUCCAUGCCUUUGAUCAUUUCCAAAUCUCUAAUUGUGGGGAGGAGGUUUUACUGUUUGUGGGUUUGUGCAUUGCUGCAAUACCUACUUUCCUGCUCAAGUUCCUUCAGCUGUAUAGAGGACAGAGUGGAGUUUGCCAUGCAGACCAGUCAGUUCUGUACCUGCCUUUCUUCCUGACCUCUUUGCACUGUACCUGAUGCACUUUAUAUAGUAGUGUUUGUUGUCAUUUGAUGUUCUUAACCUGGAAUUGUAGGGGUCUUUCUCUUACCAGCAGAACUGGAAUUCUGAUCCUGACUAACUGCCUUGUGUCGCGAAUAGUGCAAUUAUCAAGGGGCUUUGAAUUUUUGAGCAUCAAAAAGGGAUUGAGUACUGCCAAUUAAAAAGAACUUAUCUAUUAAUGACCAAGGUUUGUUUACAAUGAAAAAAGAGAAUAAAGUAUUAUGACUGUUAA